GUACUUCUUAGAGCAUCCCAGCCUUCAUGGCCUUACAUAUCGAGUAUCAGGGUUCAGUUGGCAAGAAUCAAAUUACAGAGAUGUUUGAUGCUUGAUGUGGAGCUCUUUCAAUCUACUUCACACGUAGUUGCUUCUUUCAUCAUUGGUUUUAGGAAAUUUCUUUUUAUGAAAGUACUCUAAAAAUGAUCACACGAGAUUUCAGCCAAAACAUUCCAAUACAAAUUAAGUCCUCCAGACUUCUCAGCAUUAGCACAAUUCAAUAUGGACGGUGGUCUUCUUUGUCUCUGCGACAUCUGCUGUACUGAAGACAUGUCAGAAAACUCAGAAAACUCACUAUCGCAGUCGCCAGAUGACGGUGCAAAACAAACGGAAGAAGAGCUAGAUAAAACGUAUGGCCACUCGUGCGCUAGCGUCCUUGAAUCUGAAGAGGAUGACGAAAGAACGAAUCAAAAUUUAGACCACGAGUAUGAGUUUCUUGAGAAUAACUUGAGAAAAAUAGAGAAUAGAAAGUUUGGACGGAUUUCGGAUGAUGAAGAUGAAGUUAUGGAGAAGAAGUUCGAAGAAAUGGAUAAGAGGAAUGGAGAGGGGUUUGAACGCUACAUGAUGUGGCUUUCGAGGGGCGGGCAUGGGAGCGACAGCAGUAGUGACUGUGAGAUGGAUGUCGAUAAUAAUGAUGUGAGUGGAUUUGAGAGUGACAGAGAUGAGAAUGAGUACCAGGAUACCGGUGAUGGUGAUUGGGAAUGUUCUGCUGAAGAGUUGGAAGAGGCUAUGUGUGAGGAUGAGCUUUUAAGGUCAUUGUAUAGUGACGGUGGACAUAUGAUGGAGUGCUGUAUAUGAAAUCUACUUGACGAACAAACCCAAGAUGAAGGAGGUAAUCUCACGUGGGAUGACGAGAAUCGGACAAAUCAUUGAAGUCUCUAAAUAUGACAC